ACAUCCUCCUGUGCAUCCCCUGUGAUCACUGCACCAGUGGGAUGCUGUGCCUCUCCCCCCCCUACCUGCUUGGUGAGAUGGUACAGUCUGCAGAGAGGCUCCUGUAAUGUAUCCAGCCUGAUCAAUGUGCUCCAGAUGCUGGAGAGGGAUGCCUCUGCUCCUGUGAAGAAGUCAUUCUGUGGAUUUGUGAUGAGAUCUGAUCUGUGCCAAGGUGCCGGGUUUUGGAGCAGGUCCCAUGUGCGUUUCCUCACAGACAUCAUCCCAAGUUAGAAGUAGUCGGUGCCGAUCUCCCUGGCAGUCCUGCGCCCGGGUGUCUCCGUGUCUCGUCCGGGUCUGUCCCCGUCCCAUCAGGUACAACGAGCAGAGAGGUGAAGAUGCUUCUGGUAGCGACGGAGUUCAGCCUGAUGGGAUAUACUAAAUGGAGAAAUUCGGUUUUGCAGCCUUGAAAGCAAACGAGCGCCCAGUGGACUGUUGCCUGGCUGGGGAGCCUGCCGCGCUCUUCCUAGGAAGACAUCGAAGGUCGGUGGAUAAGAAACACACACACUGGAUCUCACCGUUUCAUCGGACAUUGUGAGCAGCAGCAUUUCUGGGGAUCCUCGGUGCCUGUGAGAGACGUAGCCAUGGGGGACAUGAGCAAUAGUGAUUUCUACUCCAAGAACCAAAGAAAUGAGGUCAACCAUGCAUCCGAAUUUGGGUGCACCCUCGAUGAACUGCGCUCCCUCAUGGAGCUCCGAGGGAGUGAGGCUGUGGUUAAAAUUAAGGAAUGUUAUGGGGACACAGAUGGCAUGUGCAGGCGGCUAAAAACAUCUCCUACUGAAGGAUUGCCGGGGACACAAGUAGAUCUGGAUAAGAGGCGGCAAGUGUAUGGACAAAACUUCAUUCCUCCAAAGAAGCCAAAAACUUUCUUACAGCUAGUAUGGGAAGCACUACAAGAUGUAACUCUGAUCAUUCUGGAAUUAGCAGCCAUUAUUUCACUUGGUCUGUCCUUCUACCGACCGCCUGGAGGAGAAACCGAAGGUUGUGGUGGAGCGGCGUCUGGGGCUGAAGACGAGGGUGAAGCAGAAGCAGGUUGGAUUGAGGGUGCUGCUAUCCUCUUAUCUGUGGUCUGUGUUGUAUUAGUCACUGCCUUCAAUGACUGGAGCAAAGAGAAACAAUUCCGAGGCCUCCAGAGCCGCAUUGAACAGGAACAGAAGUUUACCGUGGUCCGCGGAAGCCAAGUCAUUCAGAUCCCAGUGGCUGAACUUGUGGUUGGGGACAUAGCACAGGUUAAGUAUGGCGACCUUCUUCCAGCGGAUGGAUUGUUCAUACAGGGAAAUGACCUGAAAAUUGAUGAAAGUUCCUUAACGGGAGAGUCUGAUCAAGUCCGCAAAGCUGUAGAUAAAGAUCCAAUGCUGCUGUCAGGAACUCAUGUGAUGGAAGGCUCCGGAAGAAUGCUUGUAACAGCCGUCGGUGUCAAUUCUCAAACUGGAAUCAUUUUCACCUUGUUGGGGGCAAGUGAAAUGGAGGAUGAAAAGAAGGACAAGAAAGGAAAGAAAAAUCAGGAUGGAGCCAGUCUACCAGUCGGUACCACCACCCACCCAUCCUCUCAUCCUCCUGCAGCUACAGAUGGGGCAGCAGGGGCAAACGUCACUGAUAAUGCAAAUGCCAACUUAGUGAAUGGCAAAAUGCAAGAUGGGAAUGUGGACACCAUCCAGAACAAAGCCAAACAACAAGAUGGGGCAGCUGCCAUGGAAAUGCAGCCCCUGAAAAGUGCUGAGGGGGGCGAUGGAGACGAAAAGGACAAGAAGAAAGUAAAUCCACACAAGAAGGAAAAGUCAGUCCUACAGGGCAAGCUGACCAAACUGGCAGUGCAGAUAGGAAAAGCAGGUUUGGUGAUGUCGGCCAUCACGGUGAUCAUCCUGGUUCUUUAUUUUGCUAUUGAUAACUUUGUUGUCCAGAAAAGGCAAUGGCUUCCUGAGUGCACUCCCAUUUACAUCCAGUACUUUGUGAAAUUCUUCAUCAUCGGUGUCACUGUGCUGGUUGUAGCCGUCCCGGAGGGCCUCCCCCUGGCUGUAACCAUUUCUCUGGCAUAUUCUGUUAAAAAAAUGAUGAAGGACAACAACUUAGUACGACAUUUAGAUGCCUGUGAGACUAUGGGCAACGCCACGGCAAUCUGCUCGGAUAAAACUGGAACCUUGACAACCAAUCGAAUGACUGUGGUUCAGGCCUACGUUGGAGAUGUCCACUACAAGGAGAUCCCAGACCCUGGUGCCCUUUCAGCCAAAACUUUAGAUGUUCUAGUGAAUGCCAUUGGAAUCAACAGUGCAUACACAUCCAAAGUCCUGCCAGCGGAAAAGGAGGGUGGUCUCAAACGGCAAGUCGGCAAUAAGACAGAAUGCGGUUUGCUAGGAUUUCUGUUGGAUCUAAAGCAAGAUUACCAGGCAGUGCGCGCUAACAUCCCCGAGGAGAAACUGUACAAAGUGUACACCUUUAAUUCUGCCAGGAAAUCCAUGAGCACCGUCGUUAAACUGGAUGAUGGAAAUUACCGCAUGUACAGUAAAGGAGCCUCAGAGAUCAUCCUGAAAAAGUGUGCGCAAAUCCAGGGCGGGGACGGAGAGACCAGAAUUUUCAGGCCCAGAGACCGAGAUGAGAUGGUAAAAAAAGUGAUAGAACCCAUGGCCUGCGAUGGGCUCAGGACAAUCUGCAUUGCAUACCGGGAUUUUAGCCAGAACCCAGAGCCGGACUGGGAGAACGAGAAUGAUAUAUUGGCGGAUCUGACAUGCAUAGCUGUUGUCGGCAUUGAAGAUCCAGUCAGGCCAGAGGUUCCUGAUGCAAUCAAAAUGUGCCAGAGGGCUGGUAUUACUGUUCGUAUGGUAACAGGAGAUAACAUUAAUACAGCACGUGCCAUUGCCAUUAAAUGUGGCAUCAUACAUCCUGGAGAAGAUUUUAUCUGCAUUGAAGGAAAAGAGUUUAACAGACGGAUACGCAAUGAAAAGGGAGAGAUUGAACAAGAGAGGAUUGAUAAGGUAUGGCCAAAGCUGAGGGUUCUGGCUCGAUCAUCACCUACUGACAAACAUACACUGGUGAAAGGCAUCAUAGACAGCACACAAGUGGAGCAGAGGCAAGUAGUUGCAGUAACCGGAGAUGGAACAAACGAUGGUCCUGCUUUAAAGAAAGCAGAUGUUGGUUUCGCAAUGGGGAUUGCUGGCACAGAUGUUGCUAAAGAAGCCUCUGACAUCAUUCUUACCGACGACAACUUCAGCAGCAUAGUAAAGGCUGUAAUGUGGGGACGAAACGUGUACGACAGCAUCUCCAAAUUCCUGCAGUUCCAGCUGACUGUCAACGUGGUGGCUGUGAUCGUGGCAUUUACCGGGGCCUGCAUCACCCAGGACUCUCCACUGAAGGCUGUGCAGAUGUUGUGGGUAAACCUAAUUAUGGACACAUUUGCGUCUCUUGCGUUGGCAACCGAACCACCAACAGAGUCACUUUUGCUGCGUAAACCCUAUGGAAGGAACAAGCCUCUCAUAUCACAGACAAUGAUGAAGAAUAUUUUGGGGCACGCCGUCUACCAGCUGACUCUGAUAUUCACGUUACUCUUUGCUGGAGAAGAAAUCUUUAAUAUCGAUAGUGGAAGGAAUGCCCCCCUGCACUCUCCUCCAUCUGAACAUUACACCAUCAUCUUCAACACAUUUGUUAUGAUGCAACUCUUUAAUGAAAUCAAUGCCCGAAAGAUCCACGGAGAGCGCAAUGUGUUUGACGGCAUAUUCCGAAACCCCAUUUUCUGCACAAUUGUACUCGGCACCUUUGGAAUCCAGAUCGUAAUUGUACAGUUCGGUGGGAAGCCAUUUAGCUGUGCUCCUCUACAGCUGGACCAGUGGAUGUGGUGCAUAUUUCUUGGCUUUGGAGAACUGGUAUGGGGACAGGUCAUCGCUAGCAUCCCGACCAAAAGGUUGAAAUUCUUGAAGGGGGCUGGCCGACUGAGACAGACUGAGGAAAAUCAAGAAGAGGAAAUGAAUGAGGAUAAUGAAGAAAUAGACCACGCAGAGAGGGAGUUAAGAAGAGGGCAGAUCCUCUGGUUCCGGGGACUCAACAGAAUACAAACCCAGAUUGAAGUAGUGAAUACAUUCAAGAGCGGGGCUUCCUUUCAGGGGGCUCUGAGGAGACAAUCCUCCACCACCAGCCAGAACCAGGAUGUAACAAAUGUUUCUAGUCCUAGUCACGUAUCGCUAAGCAAUGCUCUUUCCUCUCCUACCAGUGCGUCAGCUGCAGCCGCAGGGCAGGGCUAGAAAACACUGGACCAAAGGUUUAGCAAGAGAGAGUGAAAUAUAAACAGAUCCGCGUCGUGAAGGCAUUCCGUAGCUCUCUCUAUGAAGGUUUAGAAAAACCGGACUCUCGAACUUCCAUUCACAACUUCAUGACCCAUCCAGAGUUUAAGAUAGAAGAUUCUCAGCCUCACAUCCCUCUUAUUGAUGACACAGAUCUGGAGGAAGAUCCUGCCCUGAAACAAAACUCUAGCCAGCCCCCUUCACCGAACAAGAACAACAAUGCGGUUGACAGCGGGAUAAACCUCACUACAGAGACCAGCAAAUCAGCUACCUCUUCCAGCCCGGGGAGCCCCAUUCACAGCCUGGAGACGUCCCUUUAGCUGGAGAUGGCACCGCUUCCUUAAUUUACCAAAAAAAACAAGGAAUACUUGUGUCUGGCUCAGUAAGGUGUUUUCACAUUUUGGAGGCCCGGCAGAGGAAGCUGCGUGUCCAAGCAGUGCUGGCAGUGAGAUUGUGGCGGGUUUUUCAUGACGGCCUGAUGCUGCUGCCUCCGGAAAAAAAAACAGAAAGACAAACUAGGAAAAAAAAAAAAAAAACAACAAAGACACCCAUGUUCCUGCAUGAAUGUACACUAACAAUCCCUCCUUAUACUGCUUUGAUUUUUUUUUUUUUUUUUUUUACAUACACUUCUGGGACUUUCCUUGCACAGGGAUGUGAAAGACAAGAAAGAGAAAGAGUUUUUCCCCAGACAACAGUAUUUAUCUGGUUAAUUGACACAUGAGCCACAAAACUGCUAACAGGGCAAAGGACCUCGUGCUCAGACCUUUCUAGUCAAAUGCUAUUUUUUUUGAAGUUGCAAAGCUUCGACUUGCACAGGGGGAUUUUACAGCACCCAAAAUGACGAAGGAGCAUAUACAAAACAUUUCUGUAGGAGUGGUGCGUGUGUGAGAGUGUGUGUGUGUGCGCGCGCAUGUAUGUACAGUAUAUAUAUAUAUAUAUAUAUACAUACUGUAUGUAUAAAUCCCUUCAUAUGAACCUGAAGGAAAACAAAAGUACAUUGGCAUAUCUUCGCAGCCAGGGGUGGAAAAUUACCCCGUCCUUCCAUAUAUUUUCUGUCUCUUUGAAAAAAAAAAAAUUGAAAUAUGUGUAUAAACCCUUUAUGCAUGCAUAUGAGAAGGGGAAAACAAUGUUCCCUUAUGAGAAAAUAUGAGGUUAAAAGAUAUUUAAAAAAAAAAAAAAGACAAAAAAAUAAUAAUAAUAUAUAAUUAUAAUACUGCAAGCAGGGUGCACGAAAAAGGUUAUGUCUAUUUCUAUAUACUGUGUGUAGUGGAGAACAUGCACAAGGCAUUCCACCCACUGGACCGUUUCCAUGUGCAAUGCAGCUGGACAUUGCUUCAUCAGACCAGCCAAGACCCACACCGACAUGGCCCAUCCGCCAUUGGAACUAGGACAAGGAGUAGAUGUUAUUGUAAAAACAUUGAUUGUUUUUACCAUUAUUUUAUUUUCCCCCCAUUAGGGGUUACAAUAGCAAUAAUUCCCUUUGUGUCUGACCGCCAAGGUUCUUACCUUGAUGGGCUGCUACUACAACACGUUAAUUAUUCGCUUCUGUAAAAGCUACAGCUUGUUUUAUUACAUUCAUUUUCUUUAGGGAUCCUAGACAGACACCCUCAGAGAACACAAUACUUUGGCAGGUUGCCUUAUUUCAGUCUCAACUAUUUAAUAUAGCGGUUUGUGUACCAGGAAGAAGAAUGUAAGUUUACAGUCCUAUGACGCUAUGGAGUAAAAGGUCGGGACAAAAGGAAAGAUUAAAGGCGAAGCAAUGUGAAAUCACAGUAGCAUCAUUGCAUCGUUUGUUGUGGGGACAGUCUCUUUGAAUAGUAUACCAAUUGUACCCCCAUAGCUCUUUCCUUCAAAUUAUGAGAAUUGGAAGCCUCCAAAAAGCGAGCCCUUGGCAGCAGAAUAGGAAGCCCCCCCCCAAAGAAAGAGCCCUUGGCACUAGUAUAGGAAGCCUCCAAAAGGAAGAGCCCUUGGCACUAGUAAAGGAAGCCUCCAAAGGAAGAGCCCUCGGUAUUAGAAUAAGAAGCCUCCAAAGAGAAAGCCUUUGGUAUUAGAAAAAGAAGCCUUCAAAGGAAGAGCCCUUGGCAUUAGAAUUAGAAGCCUCCAAAGAAAGAGCCCUUGGCAGCAGAAUAGGAAGCCUUCAAAAGAUAGAGCCCUUGGCGGCAGAAUAGGAAGCCCCCAAAGAACGAGCACUUGGCAGCAGAUUGGAAGCCUCCAAAGAAUGAGCCCUUGGCACUAGAAUAGGAAGCUUCCAAAGAAUGAGCCCUUGGCAGCAUAUUGGAAGCCUCCAAAGAAUGAGCCCUUGGCAGCGGAUUGGAAGCCUCCAAAGAAUGAGCCCUUGGCACUAGAAAAGGAAGCUACUAACAAAAAAAAAAACCUUGGCAGCAGAAUAGGAAGCCCCCUAACAAAAAGAACCCUUGGCAUUAGUAUAGAAAGCCUCCAAAGAAAGAGCCCUUGGCAGCAGAAUAGUAAGCCCCCCCCAAUGAAAGAGCCCUUGGCGGCAGAAUAGUAAGCGUCCCAAAGAGCCCUUGGCAGCAGAAAGGAAUGCUGGGAGAUGUGCGGGAUGACAUUAGGGGUACAUAUAGGUCAGUUUAUGUGCAAUAAACAACUGUUGGAGCACUCGGCCACUGACACGGCAUGCCUUAACGCAUCAUCAUUCUGUCCAUUUCUGAUAUAGUUUAACUAAAAUGUGUUAUACAAGAACGUAAAGAUUUCUAUUCUGUUACAGUUAGCAGUGUUGAAAAUUAUGUACGGGUAUACUGAAGACAGAAGGAAUCGUAUAUUUUAGGACUAUUAGAGAACUCCCAUUCCCACUGUGUAGAACAUAUUUGCUAUAACUGAUUGCACAGCAGAUUGCUGGAAGCCUCUGAGAAUGAUCAAUAUGGAUUAGUGUGAAUAUAAAAAAAAAAAAGAGAAAAGCUCAGUUCACAUAACAAAAAAUCUAGUUUAAAAAUACGUCAAAGUUUACAAAAAAAAUAAAAAAAAUUAGUUUUAAUUUAAAUAGAGACAUAUUUUUGUAAUAAUAAUGUGAGAGCUCGAGUUAAAACUUUGGGGUUAUUCUAUAGAAUUAAGAACAAAAGACCAGAAAAAUGUAUAAUAAGCGAUUUAAUUGUAAGUUUUAUUUUUUCACAUAGACCUGUAAUUAAUAAUAAAUACCAUUAAAGUAGAAACUUAAAAUACCAAAAAAAAAAAAAGGUUUACAAAAGCAGUAAGAAAUUCCAUAACUAUAUUUUGCGCAGGGCAUAUUUUCAUUGUCAACAAAGUUGCCUUUUUUUAUGUUUUUUUUUUUAUACAUGAUAAAAAUGGCAAAAAUGCAUUAAUUACAUUUUCUGCAUGAUCCACACUGUUUAACAAUAAACCAAAUCCUUCAAAAGCAAUUUAUUAGCCCGAUUAGGAAAAGCCCCCAACAAGUGAUUUAAAGAGUUUGAUAAAUAGGUCCCCCCCCCCCCCAUGCCCAGACAAAUAGGUGUCUUUAUCUUGUAUAGGGUAGCUUUAAUUAAACUAUUUCGGACUCUGAAGUUGGGUGGAUUCACUUCUAUUCUCAGUCUAUAAAUUGAUGGUGGCUGUAAAAAGAUAAUUAGUUAAAAUACCAAUUGUGUCCCCAAAGUGCUUUCCUCUAAAUUAGGAGAAUAGGAAGCCUCCAAAGAAAGAGCACUUGGCAGCAGAACAGAAAUCCUCUAAAGAAAGAACCAUUGGCAGCAGAAUAGGAAGCUUCCAAAAAAAAAGGGCCAUUGGCAGAAUAGGAAUCCUCCAAAAAAAAUAAAAAAUAAACUAAUUGGCAGCAGAAUAGGAAGCCUCCAAAAAAAGAGCCAUUGGCAGCAGAAUAGGAAGCCUUCAAAGAAAGGGGCCCAAAGAAAGAGAGCAGAAAGGAUUGUUGGGAGAUGUGUGGGAUGCCCAAAUACUCAGAAUCCCCAAACAGGUUUCUCACCCCUCCACUGCAUCGACAAACAGGUGGAUUUAUCUUGUAUCGGGUAACUUUAAAAAAACAUGUUUCGAACUCUAAAGUUGGGUGGCUCUACUUCUAUUCUUAGUCCAUAACUGAUGUUGGUUGUAAAAAAGAUGUAUGGAUAAGAUACCAAUUGUGCCAUCGAAGGUCUUUCCUCCAAAUUUUGAGAAUAGGAAGACUCCAAAGAAAGAGCCAUUGGCAGCAGACUAGGAAGCCUCCGAAAAAAAAAAAACUAAUUGGCAGCAGACUAGGAAGCCUCCAAAAAAAGAGCCAUUGGCAGCAGAAUAGGAAGCUUCCAAAGAAGGAGGCCCAAAGAACGAGAGCAGAAAGGACUGCUGGGAGAUGUGUGGGAUAUCCAAAUACUCAGAAUCCCCAAACAGGUUUCUCCCCCCUCCACUGCAUCGACAAACAGGUGGAUUUAUCUUGUAUCGGGUAACUUUAAAAAAACAUGUUUCGAACUCUAAAGUUGGGUGGCUCUACUUCUAUUCUUAGUCCAUAACUGAUGUUGGUUGUAAAAAAGAUGUAUGGAUAAGAUACCAAUUGUGCCAUCGUCGAAGGUCUUUCCUCCAAAUUUUGAGAAUAGGAAGACUCCAAAGAAAAAGCCAUUGGCAGCGGAAUAGGAAGCCUCCAAAAAAAAGAGCCAUUGGCAGCAGAAUAUGAAGCCUACAAAGAAAUAGUCAUUGGCAGCAGAAAGAGCCUCAAUGAAAAAAGAGCAGAAAGGGCUGCUGGGAGAUGUGUAGAAUGCCCAAUUACUCAGAAUCCCCAAAUAGGUUUCUCACCCCUCCACUGCACCGACAAACAGGUGGAUUUAUCUUGUAUCGGGUAACUUUAAAAAAACAUGUUUCGAACUCUAAAGUUGGGUGGCUCUACUUCUAUUCUUAGUCCAUAACUGAUGUUGGUUGUAAAAAAGAUGUAUGGAUAAGAUACCAAUUGUGCCAUCGAAGGUCUUUCCUCCAAAUUUUGAGAAUAGGAAGACUCCAAAGAAAGAGCCAUUGGCAGCAGACUAGGAAGCCUCCGAAAAAAAAAAAACUAAU